GCCGGCCUCACGAGCAGCGCGGGGUGCGUCGCGAACGCGCUCGGGUCCGCGACGAACGCGUGCAACUCCACGCGGUGCUCGUCGAAAGCCCCGAGGUCGCCGCCGCACAGGGAAAGCUCGAGGUGAGGAAUCACCGCGCCGCCGUUCGCGCCGCCGCCGAGCAGCGACAACGUCGCCGCCGCCAUCGACGUCGUCGCGUCGUCCAUCGCGUCCACCUCCCCGGACGAGCGCAGCGAGUCCGUCCGGUCCACGCGCGCCGCGCCCAUGGGCACGGAAGGCACGGACACGAACAGAGGCACGGUCUCCGUGGACGAGUUCGUCGUGUUCCUCCGCGCUCGCAACAGCGAUCCGCCCGUCGCCGCGGAGCCUGAGGCUUUUUUCGCGCCGCGUCCUUCGACGUCCUUCCCCGCGCCCGCGCCCGCGUCCACUUCGCUGAGGUACCCGCGCUCGAUCGACCCGACGUCGACGACGUCCGCGGGCGGCUUCGCCGGCGACGACCGCGCGGACACCUCCGCGGACGCCGCAGACGCCGCGGUCGGGGUCUUCUCCCCGCGCCAGCCGUGCAGCCACCCCCACCCCCCGGGCGCGGGGUCCGCGGCGGCGAGCUGCUCCCGCGCCGCCGUCGCCGCCGCCUCUCGCGUCGCCGCUGUCGCCGCCGCCGCGGUCGCCUCGCGCUUCGCCGCGUCCGGGGAGCCUUCCUUGCUCACCUCCUUCGCGGUGUCGUCGCCGGAGCUCCCGCCGCCGCCGUGCGCCGCCGCGUCCGCGUCCGCGUCCGUCGUCGACGCGUCCAGAUCGAGCUUCGCGGCUACCUCUCGCAGCCCCUCGAGGGUCUUCUCGUCUCCCCCGGCGGUCUCCUCGCCGUCGCCGCGGUUCGCGCGCGCGCUCGCCGUCUCCAGCGCGAGCUUCUCCACCUCGGACGCGAUGUCCUCGGGGUCGAGCGAGUCCGCGCGCGCGAGGAGAUCGCGCUCCGCGCGGGAGAUGGACGAGAUCGUGCGAAGGAACGGGUGCGGUCCCGCGUCCAGGCCGUCGUCGGAAUUCACCCCCGAGCUCCCGCGCGACGUCGACGCGACGCCCCUCCGCAGGCGCGCGAUCUCUCCCUCUAAGUUACUCAUGUCGUCCUCCGAGAGCUCGUCGUCGGUCGCGCCUUCCUCUAAGAUGCUCACGUCCGCGCUCUGCGCGCCGCCGUCUUCGAGCGACGCCGCGAGCCGCGCGACGUCGACGAGCUCCGCGGUCUCGGUCGUCUCGACGAAGAACGCCUCGCCGUUCCGCCCCAAGCGCAUCGUGAAGUCCGUGAGGACGCCGUUCACGGUGACGGUCACCACCUUCUCCGGGCCGCGGAUGAGGCCUUGGUACUUCCCGAACCGGACGUAG